CCUAGGGGGGAAGGGUGCCCAAACGCAGCCACCCAGCUGGCUGGGGCACCUCCAUGAUGUUCCAUUCCCGCACAUCAUUCUCCGAACUCCUCACACCUCUCUUCUGAACGGGAGGCUAGACGAGCUGAGGUAACUUGCUCCAGAUCACACACGUGGGAAGUCACUGAGGAUGCUGGGUGCACACCCUUGGGUGGAGUCCUCGAGCCACACUGGCAUGUUCCAGUUCCCGAAGGAGCAGGCCUCUCCUGAACCCCAGGGGGUGCCCACCCCACGUCCAUCCCGGCCCCACGGUUUGCUGGGGCCUCCUGGGUGUUCCGCAUUGCUGUUGCUAUAUUUGGAGGACUUUCUGGUCUGAUUUCCUGGAUUCUUUGUUCCCGUGGCCCAGGAGAUGGAGCCUCUGUCACCCACCCUGGAGAUUCUUCUGACGAGCGCUGGCGAGGAAACGAGAACAGAUCCUAAUUAGGGGCGAUGACCCCCCGGAGAAAUGUGGAUUCUUUACAGUAGGCUGUGUCCUUCCCACAAGCCCCGCGUGUUUGUCAGAUGUUUACAGAGCCUUCAUUAACAGAGAGCUUCCUCCGAUAAGAGUCCCAGCGCCGCAUCGAAGGCCAGAUAAGAGCAAGUGGAGGACAGUCCAGGCUGGGGCACGAGCACGAGCGUGCUGGCCAGGGCUUCCUGCAGAGCGCACAGCAGAGCGAUGCGGGCGCCCUGCACCCGCGCUCCUCCCCGUGCCCGCUAGCAGUCGAGGCUCCCGCAGUCUCCUCUCCCUCUCUGGGGCGAGAGCGGCAGCCCAAGAUGUGCCCCAGGGCGCUGUGGGCGGCUCUGGCCCUGCUGUCCCUGCUGGCCUCCUCCCUGCAGGGGAAGCCGCUGCAGAGCUGGGGGCAGGCGUCCGGGGGGAAAGGCCUGCUGGGGGCGCCCGGAGGGGAGCCGCGGGAGCACACCUUCGACCUGAAGAUGUUCCUGGAGAACAUGAAGGAGGACUUCUUGCGCAGCCUCAACCUAAGCGGGGUCCCCGCCCAGGACAAAACCAGAGUGGAGCCGCCGCAGUACAUGAUCGACCUGUACAACAGGUACACCACUGACAAGUCGACCACCCCAGCGUCCAACAUCGUGCGGAGCUUCAGCGUGGAAGAUGCCGUCUCCAUAGCUGCCUCGGGAGGCUUCCCCUUCCAGAGGCACAUCCUGCUUUUCAACAUCUCCAUUCCCAGACACGAGCAAGUCACCAGGGCCGAGCUCCGACUCUACAUCUCCUGCCAAAAUCACGUGGACUCCUCUCAUGCGCUGAAAGGAAACAUGGCCAUUUAUGACGUUCUGGAUGGAGCAGAUGCCCGAGACAGCACUGUGGGGACCAAGACCCUCCUGAUAUCCCAGAAUAUUCUGGACCAGGGCUGGGAGACCUUGGAAGUGUCCAGUGCUGUGAAGAGAUGGGUCCGGGCUGACUCCAGCAAGAGCAAAAACAAGCUGGAGGUGACAGUGGAGAGCCACAAGAAAGGCUGCGACAAGCUGGACAUCAGCGUCCCCCCAGGGUCCAAAAACCUGCCCUUCUUUGUCGUCUUCUCCAAUGACCGCAGCAACGGGACCAAGGAGACCAGGCUGGAGCUCAGGGAGAUGCUCAGCCACGAGCAGGAGAGCGUGCUCAAGAAGCUGUCCAAGGACAUCGCCGAGGAGGCAGGGGAGAGCGGGGAGGAUGUGGACGGGCACAUGGUGGCAGGGUCUCCAUUAGCCAGACGGAAGAGGAGUACCGGCGCCGGCAGCCAUUGUCAGAAGACCUCCCUGCGAGUGAACUUCGAGGACAUUGGCUGGGACAGCUGGAUCAUCGCGCCCAAGGAGUAUGAUGCCUAUGAGUGUAAAGGUGGCUGCUUCUUCCCUCUGGCUGAUGAUGUGACACCAACAAAACAUGCCAUCGUGCAGACCCUGGUGCAUCUCAAGUUCCCCACAAAGGUGGGCAAGGCCUGCUGCGUGCCCACCAAACUGAGCCCCAUCUCCAUACUCUACAAGGAUGACAUGGGGGUGCCCACCCUCAAGUACCACUAUGAGGGCAUGAGCGUGGCAGAGUGUGGGUGCAGGUAGUACCCCACGGGGCAGGGGAGGCAGGCAGGAGGGAGUCCUGAGAAGCCCUUUGUCCCCCUGGCACCACAGGGACUGAGUUGAUCUGCAUGCCAGCCUGGGGGAGGAAGUGCAGCCUGGAGGGUGCAGGUAGCACCUGCCCACCCCGAGCAACGCCCCUAGGCUCGACUGAUGGGAAGGCGAUGGCCAGGGUGUGGGGUUUCCAGGGAAGCCUGGAAGUGCUGUUGGGGUGGAAGGGGAGGUGAUGAAAAGGACACAGGAGGGGAACUAAUCCAGAGUCCGCAGAACGCUGGGCAGAAGUGAGCCAGAGGAGUGUGGACAGUGGGUGAGGGGCCCAGGUGCAUGGGAGUUAAGGGAUCGUGGAGGACCGGCUGAGUCCAAGUAGCCUCAGGGCCUCAAGGGGAGAGGAGCAGGCCACGCGCUUUGUAGCCACCAUUUCAUGCACUUGCCUGAUCCAGUGAGGUGGGUGCGAUGGCCUCCAAGUUACAGAAGCAGAAACUGAAACGCAGACAGGCCAAGCAUUGCCAGACAGUGGCACGGUCCCAGCCAUGUCUACAGGAGACCAAAGCCCGAGACCUUCCCAAAUGCCCCACUGCAGUUUAGCAGAUACCCCCGUAGCCAAAAUGCAGGGAGGUGUCAGGACCCCAGGAGCGCUGAGGUCAGGCUGUGCUGAGCCCUGGUCGCCCACACCAGUGUGCGUGGGCUGUUGGCAUGUCCAGGGCAUGGUUUGACCACUCGGUGCCUAUGCUCAUUCAGUGGCUAAAUGCUUUUUAAUAUCACCCCGAGUCACUGAAAAACACCCCCAAAGCAACUGCAGGGUGGAGAGCAGCAGUGCUCUGGCACGUCCCACACUGUGGCCAGAGCUGCUGUGACCCACUCGUACGGCGGCAGUUCUCUCAGGGCCACUUGCUGUCCGUACACCCAGUUUGCCCUGCGGGAUGGGGCAGCCAUGGCAGCACCUCUGCAGUUACCCAGCUCCGAAGCACUAGGCACCGUGGUGUCCCCGCACAAGGACCCCACAGGAGACAGGACCUGGAUUUGAACUGGUUGGAAUUAAACGUGCUCUUGCUUUGGUA